UUAGUGCAAAGCUAAGCAAGGUACCAGCACAAGGUGAUGGGCAGGCAACCUUGUUGUGACAAGCUUGGCGUCAAGAAAGGUCCAUGGACAGCCGAGGAAGACAAGAAACUAGUGAACUUCAUCCUCACUCAUGGCCAAUGCUGCUGGCGCGCCGUCCCCAAGCUCGCGGGUCUGCGCCGCUGCGGCAAGAGCUGCCGCCUCCGCUGGACUAAUUAUCUUCGGCCCGACUUGAAGCGAGGGCUACUCAAUGAAGCUGAGGAGCAGCUUGUUAUUGACCUCCAUGCUAGUCUUGGCAAUAGGUGGUCUAAAAUUGCAGCAAGACUGCCUGGAAGAACAGACAAUGAGAUCAAGAAUCACUGGAAUACACACAUCAAGAAAAAACUUAUCAAGAUGGGGAUUGAUCCAAUUACUCAUGCGCCUCUCCAAAAACAAGUCACUACAACCCCACAAGAAACGCCUUGUGAAGCCAAUAUUCAACAAAGUAUGAACAUCCCGGAGCAUGGAGUCUCUGGCAACGAAAAUGGCAGCUCUGCAACUGAGAAUUCCUCAAGCAAUGAAGCUCAGUCACUAAUUGAGGUCAAUGCCAAUGGUGACGAUGACCCUUUGGUGAGAUACAUAUUAUCCGAUUAUUCCGAUACAUUUCUCCAGGAUUGGUCAUGGAAUUUUCCGGUUGUGGAAGACAAUUACAGUGAUCUUGGCUUGUCUUCAACUUCAUCAGAGGAUAGCUCAACUUGGUUUAUGGACUGCAAGGAUUUUGGGGUUGAGGAUUUCGAGCUUGGAAAUUGUAUCAAUUAAUAACAGGAACAUGUUCAUAUUAUAUGCAGUACUAUAACACAUGGGUGGUAUGCAUUAUGCAAUCCCCAGAUAGUUUACCUAGCAAUGUGAAAAAAAUUUGACACUUCA